AUGGCAACCUCAGUCCCUAGACCUGACCCCACGUAUUCGCUAUUUAAAAACAAGCCAAUUGAGCAGUGGAUUUCGGAGGUCGGAGUUGGUAACAUCAUAACGACGGCUGCCAAACCCCAACAAAGCUUUAGAGAUCCCCUCGUGCAAGCAAUCGUGCAUCGCGAUCGCGACCGAUUCAUUGCCUCUAUUCGUGACGAUGAUGUCUGUCGCCUCGCAGCAUUGUAUCACAACGGCGACGCCUGCAAAUUUUUCAAGCCGCCAACUCGCGGUAGCUACAACAUCUGUUACUUCUUGCAAUUUGGCUCCUCCGUUGAGGAAGAUGGCGAUAAAUGGGUGGUGCGCGUGCCUCUUGCGCCUUGUCUGGCGUUUGGUAGCAGGAGUAAGCUUGAGAGCGAGGUCGCCACAAUGCAGCUGAUAGCUGAGAAGACGACAAUCCCGAUCCCUAAGAUCCACGCCUGUGCCCUCGGCGACGACACUAAGCCACUUUCCUCGUUCCUCAUGUUCCAAUAUGUUGAAGGCCGAAAGCUGACCCACGCCGAUAUUAAAAUACUCUCAGAUGAGCAACGCACACGCUUGAUUCUUACUUCAGCUAACUACUACAUUACGAUGCUGCUUAAGAUUGCGGACAAUGCAUUUGCCAAGGAUCGCAUACCUAUCUCGCAAGAGGAGAUACACGGGGAUUUGGAGUUGUUUAAUCUGAUCUUGGAUGAUGACAUGAACAUCAUUUCUGUUCUUGACUGGGAGUGGAGUCGAGUGGUCCCCUGCCAGUUCUUCAAACCACCUUUGUGGCUUAGCAGUUCCACGAUACAGGACCUGUCCUACGGCUACCGAUAUAAGGACUUCCUCGAACCCUUCGACAAAUUUCUGGCCAUCCUGCGGGUCCUCGAGCGGGAACGAUUUGGUAGCGAGCUUUUGGCAAAUGAGUGGGACAAACACAAACAGAAAAGUGGGUUCAUGGCCGCUAAUGCUUUAGAAAAUUGGACUGCCAUAGACUGGUUCGCUAACCGAUAUAUCAACUCGAGGGUCUAUGGUGGGAACGAGGAUCUAUCGGAGCGAAUAAUGGCAUUCAUGCAAGCUGACCCUGCUCGCAAAACAUUGAUCGAGAGGAGACUCCUAGAAGCAGCUUCUUUCACACCACAGCUCAAACAACUAAACGAUUCUACUGGCUACUUACCAGAUCACGGCGUUGCCACGGCAGCACCAGAUGGCACAAGGAAACCUAUUUCCACACAAGAUUAUCUGACGCGGCUAUGGAAAACAUCCCCUUUCAUACUGAAGCUCUUCCAUUCACUAUGGGAGGCAUUCUUGUCGUCGCCGGCGUCUCGUAUUUAUUUCGGAGACUUAUAG